AUGGCACCUGCACUGGAACUCCUGCCGAAGCCCGCUGAGACCGUGCCUGUCAAGGCAGUUCCAGCCAGCAACGGCACAUCGACAUCUACUGCUUCUCUGAUCAACUUCGAGAGCCCAGAGAAGCACCAGCGCGUUCUGAACGUCUUUCGAGCCUUCAUCGCUGAUCUCGUCCAGCAAUACGGCGAUGGCCACCCUGGAUCACCCAUGGGCAUGGCUGCCAUUGGAAUUGCCCUGUAUAAAUAUGUCAUGAAGUACUCGCCGAAAAACUGCAAUUACUUUAACAGAGACCGCUUUGUUCUAUCUAACGGCCACGCCUGCCUAUGGCAGUACCUCUUCAUGCACCUCGUCGGCGUCGAGAGCAUGACCCUCGAACAACUCAAAUCGUACCACUCAGCGGAGAUUGACUCGGUCUGUCCCGGCCACCCGGAAAUCGAACAUGAAGGCAUCGAGGUCACUACCGGUCCACUGGGACAGGGCCUCGCCAAUGCGGUAGGCCUGGCCAUGGCUUCGAAGAAUCUUGCGGCGACAUAUAACAAGCCUGGCCAUGAGGUUGUGGAUAACAUGACUUGGUGUAUGGUUGGUGACGCUUGCUUGCAGGAGGGUGUUGGCCUUGAGGCGCUGUCUCUGGCUGGACACUGGAGACUGAAUAACCUCUGCGUUAUGUUCGAUAACAAUGCCGUUACUUGUGAUGGAUCUGCGGACGUUGCUAAUACCGAGGACAUCAACACCAAGAUGCGAGCCACUGGGUUUAAUGUGCUGGAUGUGCGUAAUGGGGACUCGGACGUUGUUGAGAUUGUAAAUGCUCUCAUUGCAGCCCGUUCAAGCGACAAGCCCACCUUCAUCAACAUCCGCACGACGAUAGGCAUCGGAUCUACCAUGGCGGGCACGGCAGAUGCACACGGGGCCGCCCUUGGAGUCGGAGAGGUAGCUAACAUCAAGAAAGCGGCCGGCCUGGAUCCAAACGAGCAUUUCUACAUCCCUGACGAUGUAUAUGAUUUCUUCCGUGACAUCCCCGGUCGUGGGAAGGACCUAGAGACGGAGUGGCGGGCGGGCUUGGUGAGAUAUCAAGAGGAACACCCGGUCGUGGGAGCUGAAUUUGCUCUCCGUGUCGCAGGAAAGAUGCCCGCAGACUGGACCAAGUGUAUCCCCCGCAAGGAAGACCUGUCUACUGCGUCCGCAGCAUCGCGCAAGUCAGCUGGUGCCAUAACAAACGCCCUUGGGCAGUCGCUGACGUCCGUUUUGGUGGGCACCGCAGACCUCACCCCUUCCUGCAACGUAGCCUUCAAGAACAAGGUUGAUUUCCAAUCACCCGACCUCCGCACAACCUGCGGCCAAACCGGCGCCUACAACGGCCGGUACAUCCACUAUGGCAUCCGCGAGCACGCCAUGUGCGCCAUCUCCAACGGCCUCGCAGCCUUCAACAAGGGCACCUUCAUCCCCAUAACAAGCACAUACCUCAUGUUCCACCUCUACGCCGCCGCCGCAAUCCGCAUGGGCGCCCUGCAGGGCCUACAGCAGAUCCACAUCGCCACCCACGACAGCAUCGGCGUUGGCGAGAACGGGCCUACGCACCAGCCCGUCGCCGUCCCGGCCUUGUACCGCGCCAUGCCGAAUAUCCUCUUCAUCCGGCCCUGUGAUGCUGAAGAGGUUGCGGGUGCUUAUAUUGCUGCGAUUAAUGCCACGGACACCCCGUCUGUCCUUGCGCUCUCGCGGCAGAGUCUCACGCAGUAUCCGCGGUUUUCCUCGCGUGAGGGCGUGCAGAGGGGGGCGUAUGUUUUCGCCGGUGCCAAAAACCAUAAUGGCGAUGGCGAUGGCAACGAUGAUGAUGAUGAUGAUGAGUUCGACGUCACGCUCAUCGGCGUCGGGUCUGAGAUGGUCUACGCAAUGCAAACCCGAGACAUUCUCUAUGAGCAGCACAACAUUAAGGCAAGGAUUGUGUCUUUCCCGUGUACGCGACUAUUUGAACAGCAGACGCGAGAAUACAAACACUCAGUCCUGAAGCCUGGGGCUGGGAAAGCUGCUGUUGUUAUCGAGGCCUAUCCGUCGACGGGGUGGGAGCGGUAUGCGGAUGCGUCGGUGUCGAUGAAUAACUUUGGGAAGAGUCUUCCCUGUAAGGAGGUAUAUGAACAUUUUGGAUUCGUGCCGGGCGUUAUUGCGGAGAAGGUUAGGGAUUUGGUGGAGGAGGUUAGGGCUGUUGGGAUUGUAGGACUGAGGGGGGAUUUUAGGGAGUUUAAUGGGGGGUUGAGGGUUGGGUUGGGACAUUAG